ACUGAGGACGAGUGAGUUGAGGUGACCUCAAUUGUUCUUUUUUAGGAUUAGUGCGGAAGUGUAUUAAUUCACCUCACCUCACUUAAUGUUAGGGUAAAAUGAGUUGGGGCAAGUUGGGAUUUACAACUCAUUUAUCUAUUACUGAACUCGGCUCAUUUACAUUCGCGUAAGGUGAGCUAUUACAAAACUCGCCUCACCUCAGAUCAUUAGCAACCCUAACAUAACAUAGUAACCACCCGAUCAUCCAAGUAAUUUUUAUAGCUUAAAUCUGCACAUAUUCUAACCAACCGAAGUUCGCAGUUUGCUAUUGACCACCCAAUCUUUAUCAUAUUUCAGGUUGAUUUCACCAAAGAGAAAAAUGCGUCCCAAUAAGGUUACAAAGUCCUCUCCGGAAAAACCUGGAGUCACAUUCUACACCAAAUUUUUCCAGGAAUUGAUCCAAGAGGGUUCAAUAACGGAUGGAAACAGCGCCACGUUGCUUGAAAUAGAUGAAAUCCCAUGGAUAAAUUACGAACUCCUCGCCAAGGGACGGGAAUUCGUGAAGCAAAACUACGCCCUAGUCGUGAUCACAAUGUUGGUGGCGGAUACGAUAGGGUUUGUAGGAAAGCAGAUUGCUUCCACUCUGUUCAAGAGCCUUUAUCCCGAAAAUGUCUGCUCAGGACGAUUCCUCUCGACCUAUCGGACCAAGAUGUGCGAAUGGCUUUUGUCCAAUUUCAGCAGUGGAGGAGCUAAUUCUGAAUUUGUCCUGGCUAUUCAACGUGUCCGCAAAUUGCAUAAAAAACUGACAAUACACAAUCGCUCUCCCUUGAAACCGAUAAUACUACCGGAAGGAAUCCAGUACCCGGCAGAAUACACAGAACUUCUAGCCUGCAUCAGAGAAGACUUAAGAUCCGUUGACACCACGGACUACCCGUCCCACGUGAUAUCUUGGACGCCAUCAAUGUACUUCACCCAGCUGGACGUGACCUUGGUCGCCUUUGGGAUGUUUGCCCCAUUCAUCGUAUACCCACACAAAGUCGGACUUUACACCACCUUCGAAGAGGAUGAGGGACUUCAAGGGUACGUCCACAUUUGGGCCGUGAUCAGCAAAAUGUUAGGAGUUCAGGACAGAUUCAACUUGGCUCUUCACCCCGAUCGAGAUUUAUAUAUGGAAGUUAUUACAAAAGUGGGAAUUGCAAGUUUGAAAAUGGCUGACGAAUCUGUCAUUUUUUGCAUAGAAAAAAUGAUUCAAGGUUUGGCGAACAAUACGGUUCCGUAUUCUGUUACGACAAAGUCAUUGAUUUAUCAGGCCAUGGAAUUAGCAGAUAUUAAGGGAGAGAAAGUUUGGGGGAUGAUGAAUUGGUGUGAUAAGUGGACUUACUAUAAUGCCAAAGUUUUUACGUAUUGCAUGAGAUUUAGCUUGGUGAGGAUUUUGGCCAACUAUUUUGUCUGGGGGAUGCUAAUGGUUUAUAUUAAGAUUUUCUUUAAAGUGCAUGAGAGGAAUUGAUUUAUGUGAUGAGUGGCGAGUAUAUAUUUGGAUUCUUAAAAAAUUGCCCUGUAUGGUAGCGUAAACAUGGUUUCAAAUAAAUAUUGUAUUCUUCA